GAAGAGUGCAAAAAAAAAAAACGUAUAAAAGAAAGAAAAGAAAAAAAGGAGCCAAGGAGCAACGAACUGUGUGUGCGGUGUAUGCUCUGAGUGUAAAAGGACAUUUUUACAGCUCACACAAAAAGACUGAGAAGAAGGAGCAACAAAAACAACAACAACACAUACAAAGGAGAGGCGCCAAGGAGGCAAAUUUAACAGAGAGAUCGACCUCGGCACAAGCUUGCAAAGAACUGCAACAUCCCAGAGGCAGGCAGGCAGCGAUUAGCGUGAAACGCGCGGCGGCAGUAGGCGGCAAAGGAAGCUAACGCUAAUGAGGAUCUAUUGGCAGCAUGAGUACACUGGGGGGAAGUAGGGGAGAGCGAAAUGCCAAGCCCAAAUUCACAGCGUUGGAUAUAAAUCGCAUGUACAAGAAUAGUCGUGGCGAAUCGAGUGAACCAUCAGCCCAAAAGAAUCAAGUGCCGCGUAAACAUGGAAUGCAAAUCUUGGGUAAAGUGCCCUCCGCUAGGCGUCCACCAGCCAAUCUGCCAUCCCUGAAGGCCGAGACCAACAGCAGCAGCAACAGCAGCAGCAGCAGCACCAGCAACAGCAGCAACAACAACAGCAACAACAGUGCAACACCCCUAAACAACAACAAUAACAACAAUCUCCAAGCAUCUGUCGAAGGCAGCAGCAGCGGCGGCGGCGGCGCAUCAGGAGGAGGAGCAGCAGGCGGCAGUGCGACGACAAUUGGAGGCUCAGCCGCAAAUAGCAGCAGCCACAACAACAUCGCCACUGGUCACAGCAGCGGUAGCAGCAGCACCACCACUAGCAGUGGAGGACCAGCAAUAGCUGUUGGCCAACACAGCAACAGCACCGCCAGCAAUUACAAUAGCAACUCAAACAACAACAACAGCAGCCAUAGUGGCAACAACAACAACAACAACAAGAACUUGAAACUAAUCAACAACUCGGCCAACAGCGGCAGCAAUUCAGCCAGCAGCGGCGGCGGCAUCUCAGGAUCAGUUGGUGGUACUGUAAGCGGCAGCGGAGGCAUCGGCAGCCACUCGUCUAAUUCACCGAAAACAUGGUCAGCGAUAACGACAGGACACGAACGUGCAGGUGGGAACGGUGGGCAUGGCCACUACGGCAACCGCCAGACACAUCAACAUCAACACCAACAGCACCACCAUCACCACCACCAUCAGCAGCAGCAACAGCAGGUGGUGCCGCACUAUCAAAGUCCACAGUUUCAAUACGAGUUCCCCACAUUAGUGGGCGGGGGCGGAGGAGGUGCUGCAUCCUCAGCGGGCACUGCCAGCGGAAAGUCCAAGGAUCAGCAUGCCCACUACCAGGGACAGCAGCAGCAGCAGCAGCAUGCCCAGCAUCAUCACCAGAAUCAUCAAUAUCAGCAGCAGCAACAGCGCGAUUAUCGCGAUCAUCAUGGCCAUCAUGUGCGUCAGUAUGGCGGCGCUGCACAUGGACACCACUCUCAUCGCCCGAAUGCGGAUGCCGGCAGCAGUUACAGAGAUGGCAGCGACGACGUCGUCGGCACAGGUGGCGUUGGCGGCAACAACAGCGGCGAAUUGAGCGAAAUGAGCCUGCGUCCACAAAACGAUCCGGCUGCCUGGCUGCAGCAACAGGAGAAGGCUGCCAAGGAGCUGGCAUUGAACCAACAGGGCCAGGGCCACCAUCAUCAGGUGUCGUCCAAUGGCAGUGGCAGCGGCUCCGGUGGCACAGUGCCACUGCCCAUAUUAUCGCUGCUGCCGUCAUUCAUGCGCAGCGGUGCUCCGAUGCCAGCCUGUGGCCUCGGUGGUGGCGGUGUGGGUGCUGGAGCACCAACAAUGGCAGCAGCCGUGGCAAGCGGCGCAAUAGAUAUGGGUGGUUGUCCAUCGGUGCCCACUGCCUAUCAGAAUGGCAUCGCCGGCAAUCGAUCCGCCUCACCGGCCGUACUCGUCGGCAGCUUUCGUGCUGCGGCCGCAAUACCCAAGCGACCGUCAUCCGUCUUAUCGGGACAGGCGGCAGGUCAACAGUCGGCCAUCAUUGGCGGCAGCGGAGGAGGCAGCACGCCGCCGCAGCAAUUGCUGCAACAGCAUCAGCACCAGCAUCAGCACCAGAUGCUGCAACAGCAGGCGAACGGAUCGAGCGGUGUUCGGCACAAGGACAAGGACUAUGUGGUGGAGCCGGAGGUGGCGCAAAUGCAGCGACCCAUUAUACGUGAGGAGGAUCUGGAGCGUCUCAAUGCGAUUGCCAAGGACGACAGCUGGACGAAGCAGGAUGAUAUUGACUAUACCAAGAAAUUAACAUUCUCCGACGACGAGGAGCACGCCAGCCCCGACGAUCAGCACCACAGCAACAGUAACAACAAUAACAAUAGCAACAACAAUAAGCAGCUAUCGUCCGUCAAUGAGCAGCGCAAAUUGUCGAGCAGCAGCUCCUGGCAGCGCGGCAAGGAUAGCAGCGAGCGUGACUUGGAUGGCGUCCAUGGUCUGCAACAACAACAGGAUCAGGCUCAGAUUCAGAUUCAGUUGCAAGAGCAGCGACAGCAGAACGGUCAUCGCGGCAGCUCCGGCAAUGUGAUCGGUGGCGGCGGUGGUGGAGGCAUUGCACUCGAUGCCGGCGUCUAUGAGCGGGUGAAACAGCGGAAAGAGGAGGAAGAGCGUCGCCAAAUGGAGCGUAAGCAAGCGGCGGCAAAAAAGCUGCAGGAGCUCGAAAUGAAGAUGAACAGCAAAGCGAAGGCGCUCAGUGAGGGCAACAACAGCAGCAGUAGCAGCAGCAGCAACAAUGCCACCGCAUCUGUAGGUAACUCAAAUAAUGAGGCAUCAGCAGCGCCACUGGGCAACGUCAGUGAGGAUGAGGGCGGAGGUGGUGGCGCUGCUGGACAGCAACAGCAACAACAACAGCAGCAGCAGCAGCGACGACCGCGCAGCAGCAUCUCGAGCAGUGGCAGCGGCUCUGUCUCAACAUCCCUUGCCGCGUCCACAGCUGGCGGUGAUUAUGGACAGAAGCCCGUCUUCAUGACGCAUUUCCAAUCGAAUUUACCGCCGCGCUUUCAGCGCCAACAGCAACAGCAGCAGCAGCAACAACAGCAGCAGCAACUGCCACGCGGCGGUCUUGAAAAGAGCGCAUCGGCGAGCAGCGCCUUUGAGAGCAGUAGUUCGCGAUAUUUACAAAAGGGCAGUGGUGGCGGCUCUAAUGGUGGAGGCGGCGGUGGCGGUGGCAGUGGUGUGCGUAGCAUUUCUGGUGGCUAUGCUCGAGUUGGCAGCAGCGCCAAUUAUGGACGAAAUCGUCAUGACAGCGCCAGAGAGGAGCAGGAUGCGACUGCGUCAGGUGCCGAACAAUCGAGAUACACUCGAGCCCAGGAUUAUCGCAGUGGACAGCAGCAGCAGCACCAACAGCAGCAAUUGUUGCAAUCGCGCAGCAUCUCGGAGAAUUCGCAUCGCAAGACGAGCGUCUCAUCCGGCGAUGAUGUGGGCUUGGGUGGUGGUGGUGGUGGUGUUGGUGGUGGUGGUGGUGGCGCCUGUUCGUGGGCAGAGCAAACGGAUGCCGAGCAAAAGUAUCAUCGGAAUCGCGAGGAGAGCUUCUCAUCGACGCACAGCCAUGAUUCGGCCGUGCAGAUCAAGAUACUGCAGCGACCGGCGCGCCAGCCAAGCCUCAGCGAGGAGAAACCCACUGGUAUGCUCCAGAAGCAGUCCAUGGAUCUAAUGCAGCCCACACAGAUACUGAGACGGAGCGUGGAGCCCGCUGACAAAUUGGAGGAGAAGUCAACGGAGCUUGGCUCCGAUCUGGAGGCAGUUAAGCCGCCGCUUUUGGCAUUCCCCGGCGCCAAGAUUGACGACGACAAGGAGUCGUUGCGCAAUUUAACGAUAGGCUCCACCACCACCAAUUCCUCAGCCAUGGCCAUGGCCGCAUCCGCAACGCAGCCAGCGUCGGUGAAGCGACCAAGUCCACGGGGUGGUCGUGUACGCGAUGAGCUGCACACGACGAGAGGCGGUGCCGGGCGCAGCUAUCCGACCAGCGGGGCAGGCGCUGGUGGCGGCGGCGGUGGCAACUAUCGUGGUCAACGCAGCAGCAGUGACUGGAACAGUCGUAACAGUGGCGGCCGUCGCUACUAUGGCAGCGGUGGUGAACAGUCUGAGCAAUCCGAGGACGUCGAUGAGGACUGCUACAGCAGCAGUGGCGGUGGUGGUGGUAAUGGUGGUGCGGCGUCACGACGCAGUCCCAAGGUGGUGCAAUCACGCUCCGACCACAGUAGCAACAGUACCGGCCAGUCAUCUGGUGCAUCAGCAGCAGCCGGAUCUGGUGCAGGCGCAGUCGUCAACAAGGCGGGCUUCUCACCACGCGGCGAACCGUCGCGACGUGGACGCGGCGGUCUCUCCAGCGGUGGUGGCGGCGGGGGCGGCAGCUCCUCAGCAGGGUAUCGACGCCAGCAACAGAGCGGCAACAGCAACGUUGCUGGCGGUGGUCGGGCCUAUGGCCGGCUCGGUUACGAGGAGUACAACAAGCAGCAGCGCAGCUCAGAAUCGGAAACGGGCAAUGCGGAUUUGGACAAAACCAAGCAGAACCAGAUGGCGCUCAGUGCGGGCCUGCACAAAGGCAAGGAUGACAAGGAGGAGCCAACGUCCGAUAAGGACAAGGGCAGCAACAGCAGCAACAGCAACACAACCAACACUGCCGUGGCCAAGGAGGAGCCACACAAGGAUGUACAAGCAGGAGCAGGAGGAGCUAGGCCGCCGCCAGGACUAAGCACAGCUGGUGCUGCUGUUGGGUCUGGUGGUGUGCCACCCUCAUUGGCUGCGCCUGGCAGCGAAAUGUCUGGCAAGAAGAAGAGCGGCGAGUGUACAACAAUUGCACCGCCAACAAAUGCAGCUGCAGCAAUUGCAGCCGCCGCAGCAGCAGCAACAACAACAACAACUACAAUAGCAACAGCAGCAACUCCCAUUGGCGACAAGUCCAAGCUGUCCGCCAUUGGGGAGAAAACAGUGGUGGGUGUCGUCGGCGCCGGCAAUCUGUUGAUCGAUGCCAAUGCGCCCGUGAACACCAUCAUCUUUGAGAACUCCACGUACAAGCAGCAGCAGCAGCAACAGCAGGCGGUAACUGUUGUGACGCUCAAGCAGCAGCAGCCAUCGCUGGGAGGAGCUGCAGCAACAGCGGCAGCUGUCGAUAGCCUCUCCAGCGCUCUAUCCCAAAUGAGUUUUGGCGCCAAGGAUGACGAACAGCAGCAGCAGCAGCAGGAUAUGAAACUGGCCUAUAGCUUUGGCGAUGACUCGACGUCGCUCAAAGUGGUCGACAACCUCGAUGCGGUUAGCAAGCAACAACAACAACAGCAGCAGCAACAGCAUCAACAGCACCAACAGCAGCAGCAGCAAAACAAUUCCACUGCGGAUCUGAACAUGAAGAUAGCGAGUGUGAAGAAGGUGUGGGAAUCAGCUACGCCCAUGUCGGAGGCAACACAGCAGAGCGGUGUGCAGCAACAGCACUCGCAGCAACAGCAACAACAACAGCAGCAGCAGCACGCGCAACAGCAGCAACAACAACAACAGCAGCAAGCACACGGACAGCAGCAGGUGGUGGAUGACAGUGGCAGCCAUAUGAGUGCCGCCACCUUUGUCGCUGCGGUGGCCGCCUCGCAGCAGCAGCUCCAGCAACAGAUGCCACAUUACGCCGUCCCCACGGUGCACAUGCAGCAGAGCCAUCACCAACAGCAGCAACAGCAGCAGCAAUCGCACCAUCAACAGCAGCAGGCGCAUCAUGCUCACCAUGCUUUGUCGUCGCCGGGACCCGUUUAUGGUAGCCACGGUUCGCCGUUUGAUGCUGGCUCCUUGGAGCAGCAGUUCCAGCAACAGCAGCAGCAGCAGGAGGAUUACCCCAGUCCACAACAGCAGCAGCAGCAGCACUCGCAGCAGCAUCAGCAGCAGGUGAAGGCCAAGCAGCUGCAUGCUGGCCUGGGUAUGUCGCCGCCGCCCAGCCAUCAGCAGCAGCAGCAGCAGCAACACUCGCAGCAACAGCAACAACAACAUCAGGCACAACAACAACAGCAACAACAGCUGCCGUUCUAUCAGGCAUCGCCACCGUUUGGCGUCGGCGGCAUUCCAACGAUUCCCAGCCCACCGGCGGUUGUGUUCAACUCAUCGCAGCUGGCGCCGCCGCCGCCACCAUCGCAGGCGGGCAAUCUGUACGCUCCAUUCCAUUCGCUUGAUCAUUCGAGCCGCUCACCCGCCUAUUCAGCGGCAGCGGCCGCUGCCGCGGCGCACAGUUUUCCGGGUCAUUUUGCGGCCGCAGCAGCGGCGGCUGCCGCCGGUGGCGCCUUCAAUGCGUACGCUAUGCAGCAGCCUCAUGGACAUGGCGGCAAUAUGCCGCCACCGCCAACGGCGCCCACGCCGGACGUCUACACCAAUCUGGCGUCACAAUUUCGACUCGGUGGUGGUCCCUUUGGCCAGCCGCAGCCAAAUUCGCAGCAGCUAAGUAAUCCCAAUGCCGCGCCCGUCGCCAUCAUUUCCUCGAACAGCAGCUCCAUGAUGUCGUCGGGCACGUCCAAACAGCAGGCCAGCCAGCAGCCAAUUGGCGCCAUUGGGUCCAAGUCGGCGGCCGGCGGUGGCGGCGGACCUGGCCCAGGUCCCGGACCCGGCCCCUAUGCAGGCGCCCAGCCGUACAUGAAUCUUUAUGCCGGACCGCCGCAGCAUCCGGGCCAAGGUGGACCACCGCCCGGCGCACAUCAGUUGCAGUCGAACAGUUACUACUCGAAUUCGGCACCCGGCGGACCCAGCGGUCCCCAGUUCUAUGGUGGCCCGCCGCCCCAAGGCGGCGGUGGCGGUGCCCAGAAUUAUGGCCUCGCCUCGGCGGCCGGCAUGUAUGGUGGGCAUCAGGGAGGUCCGCCUGGCUCGAAUGGACCACCGGGGCCGCAGUCUCAGCACUCGAUGGGCAACUUUAAUACACAGUUCAUGAACUCACAGCUGCUGACAGCGGCCGGCAUGAAUCAGUACCGUGGCGGACCAACGCCCGGCGGUGGCUACCUGAAGAACACUCAGGGCCAGGGACACAUGCAGGACUCGAUGGGCAGACAGCUGAAGAGUCCGUUGAGCGCUGACAUGAGCCUGGGCCUGGCCAAGCAGGUGCAGUCGCAGACCAGUCCACCGCACCACAAGAACUAUGGUGGCUGGGACCUGCAGAAUCAGGUGCUGCAGCAGCAGCAGCAACAGCAGCAAUCUCAGCAGCAGCAGCGGCAGGGCGGCAAUGGCAACAAUAUGAAUGCGUUGGGUGGUCGCAAUUCCGGUGCCGUUGGCAGCGGAUCCAGCGGCUCCCAGGUGGUUGGAGGCGGCGGCGGCGGCAGUGGUGGUGCUGGUGGUGGCAACGGUGGUGUCGGCAGUGUGGGACAAAGCGGCGGCGGUAACCAGGGACGUUAUCCGGCACCCAUACAGCGACCCAACAACUAUCCACAGCAUCCACAACAGCAGCAACAGCAGCAGCAACAACAACAACAACGCGACCAAGCGGCGGCUGCGGCGCAGCGCGCCCAAAGCAUGCGUCAGGUGACGGGUGGCGGCGGCGGCGGCACCGGCAGCGCCGGCAAUAAUAACAAUGCCUCCGGCGUGCCACCUGGCGCCAACAAUGGCGGCAACAGCGGCCCUGGUGGCCCUGGUGGCGGCGGCGGCGCUGGCGGUGGCGGCUCAUCGCCAGCUGCAACAGCGGCACAGCUCAGCAAGCCAUAUUAUUCAAACAAUGCGGCAGGCGGCGGCGGCGGUGGUGGUGGCGGCGGUGGUGGCGGUGGCGCCAAUCGUGGUGAGUGGCAUGCCAAUUGAGCGCACGAUCAAUGGUGCCACGCCCAAAUAGACCCCUCGCACACACACACACACACACAUGAAUACACACGUACAUACAUAAAUUCAUAGAUACAUUUUCACACAUAUGCAGAAAUUUAUAGGCGCGAUUCAUAAAUGGAGCAUUGAAUUAUUAGGCAAUGUGCGUUUAUGGCGAGACGGUGAGAGGGAGAGGGGGAGAGUGAGAGAGUAAGAGAGAGACAGCAGCAAAGCAAGAGAAACAUUAAGAAAUUAAUUAAAGCGAUAGCGAAAGCGAAAUAAGAGAUGAAACCGAAUUAAGCGCAAAACUAAUCUUAAACAGGAUAGAAUUUGCCAUCUUGGGCACGCCGAAGAUAAAAUACCCUUGCAGACUUCUAAUUCACAUUAAAGAUUAGAAAGUAAUAGAGAGAAACGUGAACAGAAACCGAGCGAUUAUUACUAUAUAUACAGUGUCUCACAGCUUAUUUCGGCAGUGUCUAGCAAAAAUUUUAAAGUGGUAUAAAGUAUAAAAAACAAGAAACAAACGCAAAAUGUUUAAAUGCCAAUUUGUUUUAUGUUAUAUCACGUUUGAAAAGGAACCUUCAGUUUUCAUUAAAAUAUUAAUUAAUUAACUAAAAUUAGUCAAAAACUGAAAACUUAUCCAAAAUACAGGUCAAAGCUUAUUUCGACAGUCUUAGAAAAGUAACAUAUUAGGCGACACUGUAUAUAUAGACAUCAUAAUUGUCCGAUGUCAAUGAUUUAUUUUGGAAGCUGGGUGACCAUUGAGUUUGAUAAAAUGUGUGGAUAAAAGGCAGCUCACCUUUCGACAUUCGAUAGUUCCUGUGGCAGCUGAUUGGUAUCGUUUGAUAUAUAGUUAUUCGAUGCAGCUGUCUCCGUAAUACUGUCCGCUGUCUGCUGUUACAAAAGGAAGAUGGAUAAAUUCAAAUUUCAAAUACCCACUGCAAGGGUAUAUCAAAAAGUUGGAAAACUGGACUAAGACUAAGACACAGCCAACGCUCCUAUAACAAAAAAAAAAAAAACAAAGUUCAGCUCUGAAAAGUAACAAAAGAAACGAAAGGAAAAGAAAUUAUAUAUAUAUAUGUGUGUGUUUAUACAUAUAUAUAGAGAGAGAAAAGA